AUGAUCGGCGGCUGGCGAUGGUCGAUGGACAAUCUAAGGGACGCGUAUCACUUCGUCCAGCUGAUCGCCCAGCAAAUUCUGAUAUUCCUGCGAGGAAAUGAAAAACCAGCAAACAGAAUCUCUCUGUCGCAGGACUUCAUUUUCCAUGAGUUCACGUGGCUCGCGCCGGCGGAGGAGGAUCUCGACCACGCGAACCUGAAGAUACGGGGCGUCGCGCCGCAGCCAGCCGGUCCCGUCGCCGACGUCGUCGUGCUCCUCGCAGUUUGCGGGCUCAUCUUCGCCUUCAUGAUCCUCUCCGCGAAUUCCCCGAAGAACGAGAUGGCUCGACGAAUCGAGCCGACUCCGAUGUCCUAUGACGCCGAAGCGACGUCCUGCUGGCCCCGGAAGCCCACGAGCUCGCGGAUGGUCGUCAGGUGUCAUCACGCUUCCUGCGACAACUCCGUUGACUCACGAGACGUCGUCGUCACCGAGAGGCAGAGAAUUUCUCGCCCGUCGAGAAGCAGCGCGUCCGCAGCAGAGCCGAGACUCUCGAAUCACAAGGCGCGCUCCGACCGUCCGAAGUGUCCUCGCGCUUGCGUCAGGACGCAAUCGAGCCGCCUCGUCGUGCAGACGAUGCCCCGGGAAUGGCUGAUGAGGCGCACCAGGAGCGGCCACGUCUACGGGAAGUAUCCCGUGUAGAGGAGGUCGUCGAGGACGAGAAAUCGCAGUUGUACGCAACACGAAGAGACCCGUCAGCAGUUCAACGAUAUUUCCCGACCGAGACGAGAGGGUUGUCUUCCUUCUCCUCCUCCUCCUCCUUCUUCUUCGUCGGGAAAGAAAGCUGCGAUUUAUUCAGAGAAACUCGCCCGAUCGACCGGCGAUUUUCGAUUAUCUUUGUACACCCAUGGACGACAAUUCGUCCCGCGUUAAAUCUACUGGGGCAAAUACAAACGAUACUUGUUCCAUUCUGUCUGAAGGAAUCGUAAAACUAACAUCAGGCUAGUAUCGGAGAUUAAAGGUGGCUUUCUACCGAACUUUCGAUUAAGCCAGUCGAUGAACGAUAGUAAGGAUUGUCAAAGCCAAUUCUCAGUUCUGUAACUUAUUGCUCAACAAUAAUCGGCAAGUUCAUUCCUAUCUGUGACAACAAAGUAGAGCAAAUAACAUCUGACUGAUAAGAACAACUUAAACUCGUCGAUUAACUUAAUCGGAGUUUAACUUAGUUGAGUCACUCUAAAGAUUCCGAAUGAGAAGUCAGAAUUUGAUGGAGCAAAUAGUUUCGAUCUUGGCUCGUGUUAGUCAAAUUCAUCAUAUGCUCAAAUUCCAAUUUGCAAUAGUCUAACUUUUUAUUCCAAUUUUUUUAUUACAAUUAUUUUUACUCGAAUUUUCAAUAGUCUGAAAUCGAAUUAACCUUAGCUCGUCACAUUUGGUCCAAUGAACCGCUGAACGUUUCUUUUUUCGAUUUUCUAAUUUUAUAUGGCAUACUAUUUUUUUGUUCUUAAAAUGUCCGAUGUGCAACGAACGAACAUUACUUUUUCUUAAACGGCAUUUGCAAGACUGAAAACACUUUCUUUCUUAUAAUAAUAAGUUUAGUUUAAACCGAAAUAAUUUUAUCGACCUGAUAUCAUAACCCUCAUAAACUGAUAUCAUAAAUCUUAUUUAGAUUAUAUUUCCAUAAUACAAGCUUAAAAAUAUUAAUUAUAAGGCAAAUGACGAGGUGGCAAAAUCGAACGGAACGUGACGAAUUAAAGAUUUGAAAAUAAGUGUGACUAGCUGGGAUUAAGCUAAUAGACAAUUUAAAAUUGUUGUCAGUCGAGUAUCACUUAUUCUAUCUUGUUACACAUAUUAACUUAUCGAUUACUUGAAUGAUAACAAUUAUAAAACUGGAAACUAGAACUAGUAGUGGCACUGAAUUUUUAUUAUUAUUCAUCGAUCAGCUCGAUCAAGUUUUGCUGAAAGUCCUUGAUGCGGUCUACGCGCAAAUAUUCUUCCAGUUAGAACAGGUUCAGACAGGAUAAACAUCCUUUGGAUUCGCUCCACUGAAUUCAGCGCAGAACAAGUCGUUGUUCAACGCUGCGUACAUAAAUGUAACGAUUUUCCUUGUUGCUGUUUAUAUCGUUUUUUCGACGCGGUCCUUCACAAUCGCGUCUCUCCUCUUCCGAAACGGUUUUUAUUUUUAUCCGGUAUCUUUUCUCACGGCGAUGUCCGCGCGCGCAUAUAUCGGCGGGAUCGCGGGUGUUUGUAAAACGACUUUUUAAACGACGUUAAUAAACGCUUUAUUACGUUCGCAGUUUCUCACCGACUGAUUCCGCAAUUUUUUUCUCGCUCAUUCGGAGAUUAGACCUUUUGGCGCGUACGUUAUCGAGCGAUAAAGGGAUUGCGAGAGAGCGGUUUAUUGCUUUUGUCUAUUUUAUCUAUCAUAAAACAAUAGCUGCAUUUAUCGUCGCGGACAGUGUCUAUUUCUCUCUCUCUCUCUCUUUCCCUCUUUGGAUUAUAUUCACGCGAAUCGACUUGAGUAAAUUGACCAUGAUUUAUUACAGCCAUGUCGUAACGCGACAUUUCUACUCGCUCUUUAUUAGAUUGGCCUCGAGUCGCACUCUUCGUUCUUACGUGAACGCAGAGGAAGGAACGUGGAAAUUACAAGUGUAAAUAAAUAUAAAGUAUAAAUGGUAUAAUUAUCAUAUAUUAAUUCGGUGCUUUUACAUUUGUA